AACACGCACCACGAAAACCUUCUAUACAACCUUCUACACAACCUUCUACACACCCAAAACCUCCAAUUUACCAUUAUGAAAAUACUGCGCCUCCACCACCACCACCUACCUCACAAGCGAUGAGAUUUGUAAAUGCUACUACUAAUUUUUCCACUCCCACUCCUCCAGAUUAUUCACAAUUUGGAAAUAUUAAUUCUAACUCAUUUUCAACCAAUGAACAAGCAAUGGCAAAAUUGUUAAAGGUGAUCGAUCAUUGUAACCAAAUUUCCCAAUUUUCCACUCAAUAUCGAGAUUCUCGCAUGAACAAUCAAAGUUCGUGGACUCCCGUCAGCGAAUCUCACAUUACAAAUAUGAUUAAUCGAACAUACGAUAUAUUAAAUAUUUUAAUUG